AUGAGUUUAAAUAGGAUUAUCGCAAAUGGAGUCGGCGCGUCGGGAAAUAAGAAGAAUCCUAACGAAAGUCCCUGCUACUUCUGUAAUGAACUCUUCGAAAUGGGUCAGCUGCAGAAUCAUUUGAAACAAUGCGGCAGUAUCCUGGAACAGUGUCCUCUGCGCUGUGGCGCGUGGAUACAGAGGAAACACAAGGACACGCAUGUCAGGGAAUGCCCGCAAAUGGAGAAGGCUCGCAACUCUACAUCUCCGAGUCACGCCAGCAUGCCAGCCCCUGCCCCACCUGUACCACCAGCCUCCGUCCACACCUGGUCUCCGAGAUCUGUACCCCUGGAAGACUGCGUCUCGUACCUUGAGAAAGAAGUCGCUAACAUCAAGUUAGUGAUAACAGAAGAGAGUAGUCACCGCGACAUCCAGUCUACAGAGAUGGAGACGAUCCGCUCUAAGUUGGUGCUGGUCGAAGAACGGACUCAGCAUUUCCUGUCGACCCUGGUGUCUCUGAGAGCGGCCGUGGAUGAUGAGGCCAGUCGUUCCGCUAACUGGGCUGCACAGUUCAAACAUGACUUAGCCAACGUCCAGAUAGCUUUACAGGUAAUAAUGAUUGACUGUUGCGCUAAGGAGGAUGUCAUUCAAUACUUGAAGCAAACAGUGGAAGAGGAGAGGGAACGCAACGCUGAAAAUCGUGCGGCAUUAGAGACGGAACUGCUGGAGGCGCGCAGGUCUUCGGAACAGCUGGCCCAGCUGUCCGCUUUGAGAAGCCAGCUGCAAAACAGUGGCCCCGAUAGACCGAGUAUAGAUAGGCUGGCGGUGUUAGAAGUGGCCACAGCCGAUGCCAGGGCAGAGGCGGCGGAGCAUGCAGCGAAGAUGGACAUCGUUUCCAGAGACCUCCGAGCGCUGACUAAAUCCUACCACAAGCUGAGAACGGAACUAGCAGACUUCCAAGCAAAAAUCAGUUUUAACCAUCACGAGAUGGGCAGUGAUGACGGGCAUUUCAUUUGGAGAAUCGAGAACUACACAGCACGAAUGAAAGACGCCAGAGAAAACGACACAGUUCUGAGUAGUCCUAUAUUCCGGACUCACAAAUAUGGAUACACGCUUAAGGCGGAAUUGAACCUUAAUGGCAUAGGGAAAUGGAAGGGCCGCCACAUCACCUGCACGGUGAGGCUGGUCGGAGGGCCGUACGAUCCUCUGCUGGAGUGGCCCUGUGACCUCAACAUCAACAUCGUACUUAAAGACCAGCCUGCUAACAGAAAGCAGGCUAUGGACAUUGUCAAGUCCUUACAACUGCGUCGCAAGUCGUCAUCGAAACGUCACGACUACGACCACGCAGACGAGGAGGCGAAGACCAAGUCGAACGAGGCGCUGGACAAGUCGGUUCUUCAAAUGAAGAGGCAGUACAUAUUCAUACCGCACGCCAGCUUAGAAAAGUUCGAUUACAUCAAGAACGAUGUUAUGUUUCUUGAGUUUUUAGCCAAUCAGUAA